AUGGGCAACAAGCAAGGCAAGCCCGCGCGGUCCAAGUCCGUCGGCGACAAGCCGGUCGCUAGUAAAGCAAAGGAGACGACUGAAAAGAUCGUACCCAGCAACGAGGCCGCGACGCCUGAGAGCCCGCCAGACCAGGAAGAAAUCAUCGAACAGUGGAAGCUCUUCAACGACCUCGAGAACCGCGAAGAGGCCGAUGUGUAG